GUAUGUGACGAGCACCCUUGCCAUGUGCUGUGUUUAACAGAAUUGGUAUGUCUCUCUUAUGUCGAAAUUCGGAACUCAUUCAUCGAGGUUAAGUUUCAAGUGGUAUGUCGGGGUUGUGUUGGUGACAUAUCUUUGUUAUUUUUGGUUGGUGAAUUCUUUUUGGUAAUAUUACGCCUGUUUCGUCGUGCCUCUAUUGUUGUAACAAGAGCACUCAAACUCCCACCAAAAAAAAUCUAUUUAUUUUUAAAUGGAAUUCUUAGAUGUCCCUGGGAAGUGGUUCCAGGUGAUUCAUUGGCUAGCUCAUGAUCCAUGAGGUUUCGUGAUUUCGGAGCACAUCUGCUUUUUCCCCUUCUCGAAUAAGGUGAUGAUGAAAGCUCUGGGGUGUUUGCUCCGGAGCAACACCCCGCCGGGGCCGGAAAAAACCCUGAGCCCUAAGCGGUAGGGAACAUUUGAACCGGAGACAUCGAACUACUGAAGGACCUCAACGUAGACUAGCCACAGUAAUGGGUCCUUUGAAACGGGGUUUCCUAAGAAUCGGAGCAUCUAGACCCCCUGCCUUAAAACUGCCACGACUCCGGUGCACCUAUACAAGCCAGGCAUGCAGCUGUAGAUUGAAUUGACACAGGAACAGAAAGUUUCUGAAAUGUGUGCCGAUCCAUCUCCAGCAUGAAAUAAAUAUAUUCUUUGUAGACCUAGGCUGGGAUUUAGUAUACGCUUUUGAAACCUGGUACUUGCGCUGCGCUGCAAUCUACAAUACAGUUAUGUUUAAAACUAUUAUAAACAUAUUGCUGUGUGUAGGAUCACCCAAAUUCCAACUUACGAUUCACAAUUCGUACCCUCUCAUGUUGCGUUAGAUCCUAGGGCAUGUCCACCGAACAUUUUAGUAAAACCAAGGCUAUAGAUUUGUUACUUUCAAAGCUUGACUUUUAAGUGAAAAUUUGGUAGCGUAGGAUAAAAGGUCUACCCUGUUGAUUUGUUUCGAAAUCGUAUGUUCAGGGACAGGGAUCUCGAAUCCUGGCAUAGUGAGCACGGCAGGUGGCCUCGCAUACGGACAUUUCUCGAAGAUUAUUGGCCCAAUCACUCAAAACGACCUCGAAACAGCCAGAAAGAUUACAUUUGCGGCGCCUAAGUCCUCCAAAACAACACAGGUCAGCUACGUAUAUUCCCUUUUCGUAACUGAGCAGGCAACAUGCGUACCGGAGAUGAGAUUCACCAACGCCCCUACCAACCCAACCUGCUACCCCGUGUCCGACAUAAUGCAUGCUGUAUUGAACGAGCUGGUGAGGCCCUGUCAGGCUGUAUUUUCGUUGAUGACAUGGAGAGUUAUUCAAAAGACCGCAUUUCCUCCAUCUCAUUCUCUUCUGCAUCUCGUUCCAUUCAUUCAGAUCUUGCCUGGUCUUUCGACCGAUUCCAUUCAUUCCUUCGUCAAUCGUUACAUCACUAGAACUUCAGAACACACACCGGAAAUCUCUCGUCCACGAGGAAAUAUCAACGAUUCAACCUACAUCAUGUUGUUCUCCAAUCUGCUCGCUCUGGCGCUUUGUACCGUCACUGUAUCAUCCCUCCCCGUCGGCCAGCCUGACACCACUGCCGCUGCCAUCGAAACGCGGGCGGAUUCUGGCCCGGGUAUUGAUCUUACCAACAAGUCUAAAAAGAAGCAGACAUACUUCUUCUUUGACAAUUACUGGAACGGUAACGGGGAGGCUGGAGCAAACUUCGACAAGCCGUUGAAGUCCGUCACUCUCAACGCAGGAGCCUCGCAACACGUUCCUCUGCCGCUCACAUUCAAGGGAAGAGUGCAAAGGGGCAAAGACAUUCCUGCUACAUGGGUAGAAUUCCAAAUCAAGGCCGACGAUGAUGGUGGCGCACACGGAGACAUCAGUGUACAGCAAGGCUGUGACGGAGCGGCGACCAUUGCUUCUACUGAGGCACCAUUUAAAUUAAACGGCUUUACGAACGACGUCGUCACCGGCGCGCCCGCAGAUGCUAUCCAGAAGAAGCCAGACGGUACCCGCGCGAUCGCUUCGACGGAAGGGAACUGGCUUGGUGGCCCUAACCUAAAAGCAAUCGAGUACAUGAACAAGGUUGUGGGCCAACCGAAAGCAUAUAUCGUAGGCGGUACCGGAGUUCCAGAUAUCGCCUCCUCGAACAACCGUUUGGCAGUUGUGAUGUACUAG